AUGCCGCGUAACUACGCCUCCCUCGCAGACCAAAGCGUGUUCCCCUCCAUUUCAGAUCUCCCUGGAGACUAUACCUGUCCUGAAACUGGCGGCGGUGUUUUCGGAUGUCUACUCGUGGAGAUCGUCAGUAUCGAACGGAUCACGCGACUUGUGCUGAGAACGUUCGAUAGGGCCGACUCGCCUGUCACUGUGGCCUUUUACACGGGUGAUCGAGGCAGAUCCAUCGAGAAUGAUCCAAAAUUGAAGCCCGGAAAUACUAUGGCUAUCUUGUUUCCUAGGCGUCAUCUCUUUCUCGAUGGUACUGUGGGUGUUCGGCAGGAGCACUAUGGAUAUUUCAAGGUAUAG